AUGUCGUACUACUGCGAGUGUCCUCUGCGGCUGGAGAAGAGCUUCAUCUUGGAUGGCGUGGCGGUGAGCUCCGUGGCCCGCGCCCAUGAGCGCCUGAGGCCCAAGCUCUGGUCAGCGAUUCCACCCUACAACGCCCAGCAGGACUACCACGCCCAUCGCUACUUCCAGAGCCGCGUGGUUCCGCCCAUUCUGCGGAAAACCGAACAGGAUCAUGGCGGCACAGGAAGAGAUGGCUGGAUAGUGGAUUAUUUCCACAUCUUUGGAGAAGGACAGAGAUAUCUGAAUAGGAGGAACUGGGCUGGGGCAGGGCAUUCUCUCCAGCAGGUGACCGGCCAUGACCACUACAAUGCUGAACUGAAAACGAUCAAGGGGUUCAACGGUCGGUUUGGCUAUCGCCGGAACACGCCAGCCCUCCGGCAGCACCCGUCUGUCUUUGGAGAGGUCACCCCAUUCCCUCUCUUCUAACAGCAUCUCUUCCCUUCCCACCCCUUGACCUGAAGAGAAGACAGAUGUUUAAUGCUAUUUUUAUAUAAGCAGUGAUGUUA